AUGGCCGGUCAGCAGCCCCCGGACCCUCGCACCCUAGACACCUGGGAAAAUGCCUUCCAAUACCCCCUCCCCAUCGUCCGUAAAAUGGAGCUCCAGCUCCGACGAAAUAUCGAGGAGAACCGGCAGAAGUUGCGGACGCUGGUUGGAGCCAGUUAUCGGGAUUUAUUGGGGACGGCGGAGAGGAUUAUUGAGAUGGAUGGGCAGAUGAGGGGGGUUGAGGGGGAGUUGGGGGAGGUGGGGAGGAGGUGUGAUGGGGGGAGGAUUGAGAGGAUUGGGGUGAAUUUUGGGAGGUUGAGGGGAGUUGGAUUGAGGGAGGGGAGGGAGAGGGAGAGGGGGGGAUUGAGGGCGGUGGCGCAGACGAAGGUGUUGCAGAGUUGUUUGGUGGUCGCGAGGAGGAUUAUGCGACGGGGUGGGGGGGAGGCAUUGGUGGUUGCGAAGGUGCUGGUUUUGGGGAGGCUUUUGUGUAAGAGUGUGGAGGAGGGCGGGGAGAAGCCUGCUGUUUUGGAGGAGCUGAGACGGAGAUUGGGGUUGUUGAGGAAGAGGUUGGUGGCUUAUAUUGAUCGGUCGUUGCUGAAGACUUCGACGGUUGGGAAUGAUGGGCUGGCUCAGUCGUUGGCGGCUUAUGCUUUGGUUACCAGCUCGAGUGCUAAGGAUGUGCUGCGCCAUUUCCUGAACAUCCACCUUGAACGCAUUGAGUCAGAGGCUGAAGGCGAGAACACGUCAAAAUCUGCUAUACUGGAAGUGUUGGACUUCUACAAGCAGACGCUAGAAAGUAGCCGAGCUGUCUUCCCACGAGCUUUUAUGGAAGCCGUGGCUCGCUUAUCGAAAGGCCCGUUACUUCGUGAUCCGCAGAUUACCGCUCUGACGGAACUCAACAUCGAUUUAUACGGUGAUUGGGUGGCAGAGGAAGUGCAGAGUUUCACGCCCUGGCUCCGACACGAGUCUCUUGCUACCUCUGAAGUGCAGGCGGCAUUGAAGUCAUGGUCGAUGGAAGCGCAGAAGAUGCUCUUGACCGCAGUCACGACCUGUAUCGACGUUCAGAAGGACUUUAGUGCAGUCGUGGAGGUACGGCGAGCUGUUGUUCUGCGAUAUAUGGCCAUGGCCAGUUUACAUAACGAUGAGCAUGUUUCCGAUACCAUCCGAGAGGUCGCGGCUGUUACACGGCGCAGACUUGGAGAGAUCGCGAAGCGCACAGUCCAUGCUGGUAGUGACUCGUUCAGCGGUCUCCGCAACGAUUCAGCAUCUCACCAAGCGACAUCCGAUAUAUGGAAUCUUGCAUCACAGGACUUCGAUCUGCAUGCUGGUGCGAAAUCGUUCCGCACUGCCAUCCUUGCCAAGCAGCACGGGCGUGGCCAUGAGCUGCAGGUAAUAUGCCGAAAACUAGACGGCUGGGUGGAGGAUAUAGAGGCGUUGGUGCAGAGUGUGCAGCAGCUACGGACUGUGAGGUGGCAUAGCGAGCUCGACGUCGAUCUGGAUGACCUCGAGGAUAGCGAUGCUCUUGUUGACGAACUCAACAAGGACGAUCCUGAUAAGCUGCUGGCUCAACUGCGGAAAGGUGUCGGGGAAGUUCUGAAGAAGUUGUACGAUGGGAUAUGUGAUGCGGCGCAGUCGGUUGAUGAUCCGGCCACGAUUCUGAGAGCUCUGCGUGAGCUGAAGAGGCGAGAGAGUGCUCUGCAUGACCUUGUCGAUGUCGAUGUGGGAGAUGAUGAGGGAACAGCCCAGCUCAUCUCCUCCCUUCAUCACGCGUUGGCUGUUCAAGUGUCGAAGGAGGCUUUGGCGCUGUGGUCGUCUGAGCACGGCAGACAUCAUAACGUAGCGACUACACUGUGGGACGGAUCACCAGUCUUGCCUGUGCAGAUAUCGCCUACGGCUUUCAAGGUUCUGACGAAUCUGCACGGGAGCAUGGCAGAUGUUGGGCAUGAUUUGUGGAGUGCGCGAGCUGUCGAUGCUCUGAAGAGGCAUUUAGAUAAGGAGCUGGCUAUAUCACUCGGCGAUGCUCUACCACCCAGAACCAGUCUGCCUACGACGACGAAGAACGGACACGCUUACGAGGAAGAACUCAGUAGCAACGGAGGUGUUACGACGACUGUGGACCAUGAAACCAAAGCCGCGGGCGUCGAGGCAACAGAGACGAAUGAUGAGCAGUCCGUUCGCUCGCGAGAAGACCAAAUACAAUCCCUCUUCGACAUCCUGUACAUAGGCCGGAUCUUGCACCGUCCAGAGACAACAUCCCAGAAGAAUGAAGAGAAAAAGGAGUCCUUGCAUAACCAAGCCUCGGAGCUCUUCACGCAUCUAGACCUCGAGCACUCCGCUCGUGAGCGUCUCACGAAGAGUGCUAAUGAGUACUGGAAACGGACGUACUUGCUCUUCGGCUUUGCUGGCAGAUAG